CGAGGAGGAGGGUGUUGCACACACCCCAGUACCCACCCACCCCUGAAAAAGACCAGCCGCCCUGUGACCCUGUCGUUUUCUGAAAAGAAAAAAGACCUGCUGUCCUUCUUGUUCCCGGCCAGGGAGCGAGCGCUGCCUCGCCGCCGACCCAACGUGCAAGCCUCCUCCUCCUCCUCAGCCAUGGCCUUCAUGAAGCUCAACGCGGACGCGCCGCCGUUCCACCCUACCAAGCUCUCGACCCGCCUCCACCUCCGUACUCCGCCGCCUCCUCGUUCCGUCACGGCGCCGUACGCCCCGUACCACGCCGGUGCCGCCUGCAGGUUCCCGGAGUACGAUGACCACCGCUAUCCCCUGCCGCCGCCGCCGCUUUUCCUCAGCGAAGGCGGCUUCCGCUGGCCACGCCCACGCCUGCCGCUGCCCCCGCCUCCUCCAUUCCUCUGCGACGGCAAGCAGCAGCAGGGGCGCCCCUCGCCGCCGCCGCGCGCGCUCGUGUUCUCCAGGGGCGCCUUCGUCGUCGAGAAGCUGUACCGGAAGGCGCUGGCCAAGGCGCGUGCUUUACCGGACGCGGCCACCCGCCGUCGACGUGGGCCGGCCGCGGCCCAGCCGUGUGGGCUGCGGAUGCACCAGCAGGCCGUCGCGCGGGCAUGGGCCUGGGCCUGGCCGGCGAGGUCGCCGGCGUUGACGAUGAGGCCGGCGUCGCCGCCGACGACGCUCCGGACGCCACUGCCGGAGUGGCUCGGGUGGGUGUCCACCGUCAUGAUCCGCAACAUCCCCAGCAAGCUCACGCGCGCCGGGAUGAUGGAGCUCCUCGACGACCACUGCGCCGGCGAGAACGGCCGCCGCCGCCGCGGCGCCGUGACCGCCGCCUACGAUUUCCUCUACUUGCCCAUGGAUUUCAGCAUGUGCAGCAGGCAGCGAAGCAGCAACAAGGGCUACGCCUUCGUGAACCUGACGACGGCCGACGCGGCGGCCGGGCUCUACCGCGCGCUCCACGGCUGCCGCUGGGACCCCUCGCUCCGCAGCGACAAGAUCAUCCGCGUCGACGCCGCGCGUAUCCAGGGCAAGGAGAGGCUGGCGAGGCACUUCAGCGUGUCCACCUUCGUGUGCCACUCCGACGAGUACCUCCCCGCCGUCUUCUCCCCGCCCCGCCACGGCGGGCCGCGCCUCGCCAGCAAGCCCAGGCCCGUCGGCCUCCGUGUUCCUCCUCCGCCCAAUAUAAUGGCAGGAAAGGCUCGUGUAGUAGUCAAAUAGGAAGAGGGCUCAACUAGAAAAUCCGGAGUCUGGCCAUGCCUUCCUCUUCUCCUUCGGUGCAACGGCAAAGGAAGGGAAAUGGAGUACUAUCUACUGCUACUGUCUAGUCCAACCGGUCUCUUCUAUCCAUUCUACGGCUUUCUAAACUGUAACGUGUUCGUACAAUCGUGUGUCUUCUUGUGCGUGGCUUCUUCUGUCUGUGUUUUAGUGAGAAAUGUAGCGAAACCGGGAGAAGAAAACAUUGGCGUCUUGUUGAGCUAGCUCCCCAUUUACUCUAGCUCUAGGUAGGCAAUGGAUGGCAUUGGGGGUGUGGCAUUGCUUCCUUUUGCAUUGGAACUAGAAACGAAUAGCCUGUGGUUCCUUUGCAGUUUGCUAGCAUAGCACGGAUGCGAUGCAAGCGCUCUGUGUGUAGUACCAAUGGGAUCGAAUCUCUGUGCAUCGCAUGC